AUGGGUGUCCAAUGCGUCAUAAUGAAAAAUGCGAAUACAAUGUAUUUUCUACUCCUUGGAUCGUUAUCUCAUUAGGAGCGAGAUUAACAAAUCAUGACGGAAAUCAAGCUCACUUGCCGUCUCUUUCGUGGAUUUUUGAAGAAGUCCAGAAGAAAAAUGAUAAUAUCUUUUCCGAUAUUAAGGCCAAUUAUUUGGAACUUUGGAUGGUAAAAAUUCGUAACAAUAGUGAGGAUGAUUUUUUAAAUCUUGUUCUGGAUGAAAAGAACAAAGGCAUGAAGUUGCUUGAGGAAUAUAUUAGUGAAUGCUGGGAUGAGAAAAAUCUUCCAAAAAAAGGAAUGACUCAUGUUAUUGUUAAUUCGCCACUUCUGUUGAAAAAUCAAAAAUUGGAAAGAGCGAAUCAAGAAUUGGAGAGAAUGAAUCGGGAAAUGGAUCAGCUGGUCCAACAAACGGCGGAUUUGUCAAUUAAUCCAAAACAUGUAGGCUUUACUAAGUUCGGUGAUAUGUUGGCUGAAUUAAAAAGUCGACCAGUAUUUUACGGUAAUGAAGUUAAAUUCACAACUGAUAAUAGACCCGAAGUUAUUACCACUUUAAAAACGAAAGAAGGAUGGGCUUAUAUCGAAUACAAAAAAUUAUUUCAUCCCAGUGUAAAUACUUUUUUGAAGACAUUGUUAAACGUAAGUGAUACUUUUAGUUGUAAACAAGCUCUAUGCACGAUUAUUUUGGUUAUCUAG